UGCAGUGAGGGGCUACUAAAAAUUUGUGCUACUUCCACAGCAUGGCAUGGAUCUCCUUCAGCUGUUGCAUGGCAGCAGCUGUAUUCACCCUGAACUCUUACACCAAAACUCUGAUUGAGAUGAAGCACCGUGCCCGGAUCCGUCUGGAGGAGGCCCGUGCUGCCAGCCACGCGCCGCCCUAUGAUGAGGUCAUCACAACCGGCGGUGGGAGCCUCUACUCCGUCAGCCGACUGGUUCAGCAAUGCCAUAAGGGUGCGUUUAUCGACACCACAUGGAGCUGCAGAGAGGAAGUGUCUGGUGGGGCUAUGGUGGGGGCAAAAAGUCCUCAUGGACUGGUACUGGUGGGGGGGUGCGGGAGAGAGGGAUGCGAGGACUGUGAGAGAGAAAUAAAUGAGGUGGAAGAUGCAUUAGAGAGGGAAGGGAAUGAUAAAAUGUGUUGAGGAGGAUGCCUG